AUUUUCUCUUCUUUCUUCUUUCUUCUCUAGAGAGAGAGAGAGAGAGAGAGAAUCUCCUUUUUCUCUCUCUAAAACCAGGGAGAGAGAGAAGGGAAUGUUCGAAAAGCCCUUCUUCUCAUCUCCGCUAGGUUGAAGACCUGGAGAAAGGCGGAAAAGAAGAGAAAAGGAGGGAUUUUUUUGGGGGUUGAAGUGUUAGGGUUUGGGGUUUGGGAUGGGGGGGAUGGAUCCAGGGUUGUUGGAUGAUAUCAUAAGGAGGUUGUUGGAAGUUCGGGGAAGUAGGCCGGGGAAGCAGGUGCAGCUCUCGGAGGGUGAGAUCCGUCAGCUCUGUAUCGUUUCCAGAGAUAUCUUUGCGAAGCAACCUAAUCUCCUUGAACUUGAGGCUCCAAUCAAGAUUUGCGGUGACAUUCAUGGCCAAUAUUCUGACUUGCUAAGGCUGUUUGAAUAUGGUGGAUUCCCUCCGGAAGCCAAUUAUCUCUUUUUAGGUGAUUAUGUUGAUAGAGGGAAGCAAAGCCUUGAAACAAUAUGCCUUCUGUUGGCCUAUAAGAUUAAGUAUCCGGAGAACUUCUUUCUUCUGAGAGGGAAUCAUGAAUGUGCAUCUAUAAACCGAAUCUAUGGAUUUUAUGAUGAAUGCAAGCGUAGGUUUAAUGUGAGUAUCUGGAAAAUCUUCACAGAUUGUUUCAACUGCCUGCCAGUGGCAGCCGUUAUAGAUGAGAAGAUCAUCUGCAUGCAUGGGGGUCUUUCCCCAGACUUGCAUAGUUUGGAUCAAAUCAGACAUUUGGCCCGCCCUACUGAUGUUCCUGACACUGGUUUGCUCUGUGAUCUUCUCUGGUCUGAUCCUAGUAAAGAUAUUCAAGGAUGGGGGAUGAAUGAUAGGGGAGUUUCGUUUACCUUUGGACCUGAUAAAGUUUCAGAGUUCCUUAAAAAACAUGACCUUGACCUUAUUUGCCGUGCUCACCAGGUCGUGGAGGAUGGAUACGAAUUCUUUGCUAACAGACAACUUGUGACAAUAUUUUCAGCACCUAAUUACUGUGGCGAAUUUGAUAAUGCUGGUGCUAUGAUGAGUGUUGAUGACACUCUAAUGUGCUCGUUUCAGAUAUUAAAACCUGCAGAAAAGAAGCCUAAGUUCAGUUUUGGAAGUACAACUACAACUAAAGCAGGAACACCCCCGCCUGGAGUGAAGUCAUUCCUCGGAGCGAAGGCGUAAGAACUGCUAUGAUCACAAACGGCAUAGCUGCGCCAUUCAUGGUAAUUCAGCCGAAGCGAAAGCUUUAGCUUAUCGGUCUGUGACAAAUAUGUGUAAAUUAGCUCAUGGAUCAUGCUUUGUUGUCCAUACAUUAUCGGCUUAACCCAAAUCUCGGUUGAUACUUUAAAUUUCCGCAUUCUUUGUCAGACAUUAUUAUGCCAGAGAAAGGUGAGGAAAUACUUGAAAACUCGAAUUCCGAAAAUAAUGUAAUAAGUUGUUUCUGAUUCUUCGCCCUGUUGAAGUCUCUGCCAUCUAGAGAUAUUGCUUUAGCAGGACUUUGGACAGGCAAUAAGUGAUUGAAUUAA